AGUGGCAGCAGGGGCUGUCAGGAGUGGAGGUCUGAACCAGUCUUGUUCUUUUCCAGGAUCAUCAGAACCAAAGUCCAGCAGCCUUUCCACCCAACGCCGGAUGGGAGUGGAACAGGAGUGACAGCACCAGGACAUACUAUAGUUCCCAGUACAGCAUCCCCUCCCGUCUCCAGUGCCUCCAAUGAUCCAGUGGGCUCUUACUCCAUUAACGGGAUCCUGGGGAUUCCUCGGUCGAAUGGCGAGAAGAGGAAACGUGAUGAAGAUGUAUCUGAGGGCUCAGUUCCCAAUGGAGACUCCCAGAGCAGUGUGGACAGUUUGCGAAAGCACCUUCGUGCUGACACUUUCACCCAACAGCAGCUGGAAGCUUUAGACCGAGUCUUUGAACGUCCUUCUUACCCUGACGUCUUCCAAACAUCAGAGCACAUCAAAUCUGAGCAGGGUAAUGAGUACUCCCUCCCAGCUCUGACCCCUGGUCUUGAUGAAGUCAAAUCAAGUCUAUCCACCUCUGCUAACCCAGACCUGGGGACCAACGUGUCAGGACCCCAGACGUACCCUGUGGUGACUGAAAACCUCUCCUCUCCCCUCAGUAUAAAGCAAGAGCCUCAUGGAGCCUCUCUCGCCCCUUUCACCCCCACCAUGCUGGCUGGCCCGGGGCAGGCUGACCUUCAGCCCUUCCACAUGACCCUUUCAGAUGAUGCAUCCACGCCUUGCUACAGUGCCUUCCUUCAUCAUGGCUCCCCCUUUGGGCAGUCUACCACCCAACCUCUGAUAGCAGGUCGUGAUAUGGCAAGUACCACCUUACCUGGUUACCCACCCCACGUUCCUCCCACUGGACAAGGCAGCUACCCAACCUCAACUCUCGCAGGAAUGGUACCUGGGAGCGAGUUCUCAGGGAACCCAUACAGCCACCCUCAGUACACGACUUACAAUGAGGCCUGGCGAUUCAGCAACCCCGCAUUACUAAGUUCCCCUUAUUAUUAUAGUGCCACAUCCCGGGGCUCCGCACCUCCCACUGCUGCCGCUGCCUAUGACCGCCACUAGUUACCAUGGAAACCACAUGAAACUGCAGGGCGACAGCUUAGGCCUCCAUAUUGUACCUGUCUGAUCAACCUUCUCCAUCCCUGGGAAGGGUGAAGAGAACUUCUCCGUUCCUCCCUACCUUCUGCACCCUCCCCUUUGCUGCAGAAUGCGCCUUAUCCAAGCGCUCACAACAACAGACUGAACAGUACGUGUCCCCUGCACUUCCCUGCGCUCCAACCCAACUGCUUUCAUGGACAAUGGGAAGGGCCUGUCCACAGCUCAGUGGCUGCUACAAGCCUUCAGACCACGUCAGCCAUGCAAGGUCUGCCUGACUAAGGGGAAUUCAAGCAAUGCAGCCUGCAAGCUUUGCCUAUAGGGGACCCCAUUCUCCUAGGAGUGGAACAGGCAGGAUGAGGCAGAGAAGAAGCCACCUGCAAAACACUGUUCCCAAAAGAAACUCUCUUCUCUGGUGGACACUUCAAAACUCUAAAAAAAAGGCCCUGUUGAUGACAGCUCUGUUUUGGAGGACAGAGGGGAUGUUUGGCUAGAGUGGAGAGGGCAGCACAAAGAGAGGUGACCUGUCUAACAAUGAAGGAAAGGACCAAAUGACUCCCUGCAUCCCCCAAGGGUCUCUCUGUGUGCCUCAUUCCCACUCUUCUUCUUCAUGUCUUGGCUUCCCCCAUGGUUCCGUUUGAAAGCUGACCCUAGCGUGUUGUGACCUUGCAGGCCAGAGUUGGGUUGACAUACACGCACCUAAACACACACACAAUUUCUGUGACACACAAUCAGCUUGGCCAGGAGGAUGAAGCAACAUCAACAAACCAACCACCCAACUGAUGAAAUGAAGAAAUAUAUAAAUAGAUAUAUAAAUAUAACUGUGUUUUUAUGCUUUGUCAUGAAGGUCUGUAAAAAGGAAAAAAAAACAAACAAAUCCCCAAUUUUCUAAAAAAAAAAAGCCCAACAAAAAAGCAAAAUAAAAAGCCCCUACAAAUAUAAACCCCAGUCCCCCCACCUGAAUGGCAGACAAGUUCCUCUGAUGUUUGAUGCUCCCCUUUCACUCUUGCGUUUCGUUUCCUUUCUGUUUUGCACUAGAAUGUGAUGGUGGUAUGAAAGAGGAUGGGAUGCCAGCUCCACUCUCCAUGGCCUCCUCUACUCCCUCACCCACAAAUCGUUCUCUGGGGAACAGUGUGAACAAUUCAUAUCUGGAAAAAAAUUACUGAAUCAGCCCAUCAGCAGAAACCCCCAAACAAACAUUCUCCAGGCCAGUAUUCAGCAAACAGAAACCAAGUCUAGGCACUUGCUCUUACCAUGCUUGUGGUGAAAAGGAAAGUGUUGGGUUUCAUGCAAGCCCACUUGCUUUCCUGCCAGUGGAGAUGGACAAAUUCAGGACUGAUUAGGAUUGGUACUUGGUUCCCUAGCUUUUGGCUCUCAUGCUUUCAUAUGUAAUCCCACUCCUAGUUCAGUUAGCCUGACAUCCUGACACCCACUGUCCACAUCCCCAGAUCCUGAUGCCCCUGACAUCAUUUAGCUGUGGCCUACACCCAGUACCUAAAUCUCUGUAACCUAAUCUCUACACUAGUUAUCUGUAAACCUACACUUUACCAGCAACCCAUAUCCCAUGCUCCCUCCCCACUGCACCCUCAACCUAUAUUGCACACACUAAUAUUUACCCCUUGAUCCCUGAACACUCUCCUAAGGGUAGUCUUUUUAGUUCCCAAGUGACUGGCAAGCACUGCUCUGUGAAAGGCUCAUUGCCAGUAGAAAUGUUUAUUGCUCCUUUAUCGUCAGGAAACUCAUAUGCUCCUGUUCUUUGCACUGCUGCUUUCAAAAACUACACAAAGAAAAGCUGUAGACAACUACAGCCUGUCUCCUUGGCAUCAAGUCUGCAAAAGUAGAUCCUUAUUGUUAUUUUAGAAAGAUUUUGGGUAAGACAAGGGGCUGCCGUUUAUGAACAAAGGCAGGACUGAGAGGCAAACUACCGAGCAGGUAAAGAUGAACCAUGGAGCAUCUAGGCAACCAGAGUUGUGUAUAAAACCCGUUCUCAGCCUCUGUAUGUGGUGUGGCUGUGGAUGCAGCUUUCUGGCUGCAGGUUUAAGCUGUUUUUGUGAAAAAUCCAGUCUCAGUAGAAGGAUCCCAUUUACCCAGCACUGCCUCAGAGUACAGCUGAAUAGAAGAGCUCUGUGUGUUCUCAGGUAGAGUCACCUAAGAUUGGUUUUCUUUACACAAGCGAGAAGGGCCUAAAGUUGUUCUUAGUCCCACCAGGAUUAUCUCUAGUAACUCCAGUCAAGUCACGGGAGUUACUCUCAGAUGUACUAAGUCAAUGGUGUCACUCCAGAGCUGUUAUUCUGGAUCCACUAAGGCUGAUAGAGUUUAUCCAGAUCAAAGUCAGUGCCACUGGGACUAGAAUUUGGCCCUUUGUCUCAUUCUAUCUUAAAUGAAAAAGAAACACAGGUUGGUCAUUGCUAGGACCCCCCCUCCCCUCCUCCUCCCCAUCCCUGCACCUUCAUAAAUUCUACACACAUCCAGGGUACAGCUGGACUCCAACUAGUAUGUAUCCAAUACAGCUUCAGUUUUCCCUGCUCCAAGUCCAGCUGCACCCAGCACCUGGUCAAGGCCAGAAGCAACAAAUCCAAAGCCUAAUAACCAGAAUACCCUGAUGGGGCUAGAAAACAGGAGGCAGAGCCAUCUCACAGUGGGCAACUGGAAGCCCAGGAAGUCACCUCCAGAGAAGCUGGUCGCUGAGAAAGAUCUGUUCGGAUGACAGCCAUUCACUAGCCUUGAGAUAGAAGGGAGGGUAAGAAAGCAGGAUUUGGUUGGUUCACUCACCAAAGCUGGCUUGAUUCAAGCUGGCUUGAUUCACUAUUGGUGUAUAACUCCACUUACAUGGAGAUUUCCACUGGGCACCAGUUUGGCCUGGCAAGCCUGUAAGAUCUGCGAGAUGUUUGAUCAGGAAAGCAAGAGGAAAGUAUAAUUAUGCAAAGGACCUGGCAGCUUUAUCCUCUUCCACCACCUCUUCUGUAGAGCCCCAUGCGAAUGUACUGAAUUACAUUUGCCAAAGAGUUUCUUGUGUUGGUUGUUUUGAUUUACAGUCGGUGGAUGCAUUGUAAAGCAGUAUUAUAGCUAAAGUCUAGUAGCUGACACGGGGAUUUAUGUGGUGAUAUUAUGCAGAAGAAAACCAUCAAUAUUCAUAUAGAUUCCAUUAGACUGGACUAUGCAGGAAACGCAAAAAUUCUACCAAUUAUUUAAUAUUAUGUUAUUUGCAAAAACAAUUGCUGCUUUGUAGGAAGAUAAUGUGUGUAAUGUGAAGGCAAUUCCUCUUGUAUAUAAGUUCAUCUCCAUCUUCAUCAUGGUAGUUAUUAAAACAGCCUCGUCUCA